AGUGUGUCAGAAACCGCACCCCCAAUUCCCUGACAUGUAAACCAACCCACCAGCCAGCAUCACAGUGCCCCCUACAGAGCACCAAGUGUAACUUCAAGGGUGCCGAGUCAAAUCGCCACGAAGCUGGUCAGCUGCUUCCGCCUGAACAGUUGGACCUUCUGGAGCAAAAAAAUGCUAACCAAGGAAAGGAAUGUUAACCAAGGCACCACUGCAAUCUUUUUCAGUUGGGACGCCGUAGCCAGAUUCCAGCCAGAGAAUCCUCUACUCAUCUUUUUGAUGUCCCUGCGCACCAUGCUCCUCCCAUUCCAUGUGGAAGUGCACGUUGAGUUUGUCAAGCUGCUCUUAUGGACGACCUGUUGGGGACGUUGGCUUGGUCAAAAUGAACGCAGACAAGCCCUGCGUUGCUCCCAAAGCCACGCUUGUUGGUGCCGCCCGCCCGGCGCUGACGUCGGCAGCCAGGAGCCCCAAACCCUCUGUCGCCCCCAAGCCCAUUCUGAAGCUCCACUCCAGGGACCGCCUCUUGACAGGCCCCCUGGAAGGAGGCGUGGAUGGAGACGUGAGGAUUGCUCUGAAGGACGAUGAGCCUCGUCCGGGAAAGACGGAAGAAACGUUACAGAAGAUGGACGAGGACUGGAGACUGACAGAGGAAGCAGACUCCCUGGAUGGAGCGUGGACCACCGACUCCGAGGAUGCGGUGGAGAUGAUUGACACCACGGACGUGACGGAGGAAAUGGACGAGGACGGCGGUGAGGCGCUGGCCGACGCGGACGGUCUCUCCAUGGGGGACUUUUCUGUUCAUAGCGUGGAGGAAGAGAAAGGAAUGGAGAAGAUGGCGGCGGGACCACAAAAACCAGAUGAGUCUCUUGCCAAUCUCCUCGGUGAAGCUUCUCCUGAUGGUGGUGGACACCAAAUAUAUGACACGGUGGAGCGGCAGGAUGCCGUGGAGGGGAGUCCACUUCGCCAGCCGUACUACGUGGCGCCAGAGGACAUUAUCGAUAAAGACCUGGUCCCAAGUUCUAACGGAGCUUGUGGUGUGGCAGGAAGUCCCCUGUCACCACGGAGGUGCUAUCUCGGUGGUCUUUUAGCAGGGAACUAUCUCACAAGUCAUGGCAAGCCAGGUCCACGAGGAUGCCGUGGGGGUGAAGACCCCAAAGUGGACGCCUUCUUGAAUCGUUUGUACCCCCAACCCAAGUCGCUCUGCAACUCUCAUACCUCAGAAAACCACCUGAAGGACUUGGAGGCGUGCAGUGAUCCGGAUCCCCUUUACGAGGAUCCGGGCGACGACAGCUCAGAGGGUGAGAAUGUCCUCCCUCUACGGAGGAGGACAACAGGAAUGCGGUCACGCUCCCUGUCCCACAACCUGAAGAAUGACACGGGGGGCCGCCUCGUUCACGGACCCUGCAUGAGCACGUCCGUACUGGGCAGCAGCCCCGCCAUGAAGAUCCGCUCCAAACCUCACUAUCUGGCCCUCUACCCGCCCUCGCCCCACGUCCACAGAGACGCCCGAGCAUCCCCAUGUGGAAGUUUCUCCAGAUGUUCACCUCUGCCAUCCAGCGGUCUAUCCACGCCCUCGUCUGUGGUGGACAUCCCUCCCCCGUUUCAGCUGGCCUACAUCACCAAGAGGCCCAUCACCAAGAGCACGCCCUCGCUUCUUGUCAACGCGGACUCCUCGGAGAAAAACAGGAAGAAGAAAUCCCCCAUCAAGCGCUUCCUGAUGCUGAAGUUUCGUCGGAAAGCAGAGAGCAAGCCCGCCAUCGUGGACUCGCCCUCAUCGGAGUCCUCCACGGACUGCGGCCACCUCAGCCACAGCAGAGUGUUGGAUCUGGAUGGACACGGCGUCGGGAGUUCCCCGCAUCUCCGCCUGCGUGCCGCACGCCGACCUCAAGUGUCACCUGAGCCCACUUCCGUCUUUUUGUUCCGACCGGGAACCAAAGGAACAGGAAGCUCCGUGGCGUUCCUCAAUCGCAGCGUGGUGCGGGUGGAGUCCUUCGAGGACCGCUCCCGCGUGCCUUUCUCGCCGCUCCCCCUCACCAAGCCUCGCUCCAUCUCCUUCCCCAACGUGGGGAACUCCGACUACGAAAACGUGGCCGCUGUUGACUCGGACUACGAGAACGUUCACGUCUCGCAGUGGAGGCCCCUGCGCCCCCGGGCUCUGGGUGGCUUCUUUGAGCAUCCGCCGAGGGUUCUGUCAUUGACCAAUGAGACGGACGGGUACGUGGACAUGAGCAGUCUUCCUGGGUUUGAGCACCAGAUGAAGUCACCUGCACGGGAAGAAGAGAGUGCCUACACAGAAGCCUCCAAAGUGUGUCCAGUUGCUGCGGUCCCUCCAAGCAGCCCAGUUAGCGGCGCCAGUGGACCCACUACGGCGGCGGUGGAAGAUGGCGUUGGCGCACGGACCUCCGAGGAGGAAGACGCGAGCAGCGAGAGCCCCUAUGAGAGACGGAUAGACGGGCGAUCGCAAGCCUUUUACAUCGCCAAGGAGCUGCUGGAUACCGAGCGACUACACGUGGAAGCCCUCAAGCUUCUCCAGGAAGAUUUUCGGGAAGCGGUCGGCGCGGCGGCGGGCGACGACGGAGAGCCUGCUUUGGAUGACGGAAGACUUAGUGAGAUCCUCAACGAGCUGCCUGAUGUUUACCUCCUGCACCGCAGAAUCCUCACCGAGCUGCAGAACGGAACCCGGCGCUGGGAGGAGAGUCAGAAGAUAGCAGACAUCUUCCUCCGCAGGAGGGCAGACUUUGUGGUCUUCACCACCUACAUUGGACACUACGACAGAAGCAUCAACCUGCUGGAGGAGAGCUGCAGCGCCUCGCCUGCCUUUGCAGCCAUCGUUGGCCAGUUUGAGCAGCAGAGUCCAUCCGGCCAGUCCGUCUCUGUCAAGCAGCAGCUCCUGCAGGUGAUCGUGCGGGUGGCGCAGUACCGCAUGAUCCUGACAGACUACUUGAACAACCUGUCCCCUGAUUCACGAGAAUACGAGGACACCCAAGCUGCUAUCGUGAUGGUGGCAGACAUUGCAGACCAGGCCAGUGACAGCUUAAGACACGGGGAGAACAUGCUGCGUCUGGUCAACAUCGAGUACAGCGUCCACGGCCAGCGGGACCUGCUGCAGCCUGGUCGGGUUUUUGUGAAGGAGGGCACCUUGAUGAAGGUCAGCAGGAGGAGCCGACAGCCUCGUCAUCUGUUUCUGAUGAGUGACGUGUUGCUGUACACCUACCCACAGCAGGACGGCAAGUACAGACUGAAGAACACUCUGUCACUCACCGGGCUCAAGGUUACGAAAGCCAUCAUAGAAAAUGUCCAGAACGCACUGAGGAUGGAGGGGACGGACAUUUCCAUCACUUUGUCUGCAAGCUCCUUCCUUGAACGAGAGGACUGGUUUUACGCUCUGAGCCGCACCGUGAGUGAACACAACCGAGGAUGCGUGCAAUCAGACGACUGCUCAGGAGAGGUCAGGGAUGGUCUUGGGCUCGCGUUAGGAGAAAAGCCCCCCACGCUGGUCCCCGUGUCCCAAGCGAUGAUGUGCAUGAACUGCACUUCGGACUUCAGCCUGACUCUGCGUCGACACCACUGCCACAGCUGUGGGAGGAUUGUUUGCAGGAGCUGCUCCAGGAACAGAUAUCCUCUCAAGUACUUGAAGGACCGCAUGGCCAAAGUCUGCGACCACUGUUACAAGGAGCUGAAGAAGAGAGGAGAAGACACAUCUGCCCUCCCGGCCGAGAGCAGCCCUCGUCUGAGCCGCCCCAGUCGCCCCCUCUCCUCCGUCUUCCAUAGCCUCCAUCCUCCAAACAUUUGGAGGCAUCGCAAGGGCACCCUCUCCUUCAACCAUCAGGUGAGCGUGUCUGAUGAGGGCUCCAUGAGUGGCAGUUUGCAUCGCAGCAAGAAGAGCAAGAGGAACUGGAAGAGACUGUGGUUCCUGCUGAAAGACAAGGUCCUCUACACCUACAGAGGCCAAGAGCGGCCAUCUUGUCUGUUUGUGCAGGAGACGGUGGCGUCGGAGAGUUUGCCCUUGUUGGGCUUCACGGUGAAGUUACCCGACACCCACCAAGGUGACCAAGACGCCAACGUCUUCCAACUGUACCACAAAAAUACUUUGUACUACACCUUUAAAGCCGAGGACAAGUACACGGCCCGAAGGUGGGUCAACGCCAUGGAGGAAGCCACCCUUUUAUAGGACCAGGCAGCGUGGACGACUAGGGGACACUUUCACCUUCUUUUGUCUGCAACCUCCUGCCAGCAGGUGUGAUGCUGUGCACCACCUGCCGUGUCAUGUGACCUCUAUCUCCAUCCGCCGCUUUUUUUUUUUUUUCUCCUGCCCGUGACGUCAGCAACCUUAUCAGCCAGUCUGGAAAGUUAGCCAGAGACCUCCGUGGCGGCUGCUCGGAGCGUGUACCCGAAUACAGUGCACCUUGCUGGGCCACAGCGGCCGGCUCCUCCCCCUCUAUACUCUGGUUCUCCUUGUCCUGAUAGCCUGGAUGUGCUGGUAAUGUCAUCAUAUCUGAUUAGGACGCUCGGCUUGGUCAAGUCCUCAUUUGUUCCAGUCCUCCUUACCUCCAGGUGGGCACAUUUUAAAAGUAGAUAUCAAAUAAUUAUCGGUUAUCGGUAUCAUGUGGGUCUUGAGGAGGAGAAGGUUAAUAUAUUCCUUUUCUAAAGAAGCAUCUGCUGUAAGGGUUCAUGCGGGGGGGGGUUGCCGUGACAUAAAAAGGUCCGUGUAUAAUGUCAGCACACCCCACGGUUUGGACUUUGUGCUGUUUGGACUUGUUGAUGUAUUGAGCUUAUUUCUAAAAGGAUUCUAUUAAAAACCAAGCAAAGGGGAAAGAUAACAAUGGCAGCCAUCUGUGUCCCGCUAAUGGCUGCCGGUCAUAAUAUUGACAUUUGGCAGGCUGUUAUUGACUUGGUGGUACUCUGUCCUUGCAGAAGGACACGCUACAUAUAUGUACAGGAUAUACAGGAUAUACAGGAUAUAUAGGAUAUACAGGAUAUACAGGAUAUAUAGGAUAUACAGGAUAUACGUACACGAAUGCCAACAUUGGCCCUAAAGCGCUCACACUGCCCCUUACACACAAGUCAGCCAUGCCUGCUCCGCUUCUCCUCUCCGCCGCCCCCCCUUGAGGUUUGCUGACCCAGAAUAUAGUCAAGCAGGGGGGCCUUCUUUCUGGGGCUGCUGAGAAACUGUUGACAGGUUGGUCCUACAUGGAGCAUGGAGGGCGCAGCCUCCGUUACCCAAAUCCUAGCCCUCAUUCUGAUGCUUUUUAUUUGGAUCACUUACAGGGCCUGACCCCACACGGUCCUUUAUGACAUUAUGGCGCUUAAUUGGUUCCAGCCCCCCCCCCCCAUAAAUGAAUUUCCACAAUAUUGGACUCAAUGUUAAUAAAUGGAAUCUAUUUGGAAUUAGAGCAUAGAAAACUACAUACCUUUUUAACAUGAUUAGAGCCCUGCAGACAUGAAAUAGCACCCCUAUAGUCACCUUUACACAGUCGAGUCGAGGUGAGUCAAUGUGCUGUUAACGAUGCUAAGCCUUUGUAUGCAAAUUAGGCGGCGAUUAUCACCAAUUGUCGUAUGUGUGCCUGUGUAUUAUGCUGACGUUUUGACGUGCUAGCUAGCCUGUUGGCGCCCAUUUUGUGGUGAAGCCAAUCUUGUGUGUGUAUAAAGACCACGUGCUCCUUUAAGCUAGCAUUGACAUUUAUGUUGAUGUUCAUUUCUGACAGAAACCAGACUCCUUGAGAUGUCAUACCAUCACAAAUGACCCUGGUGGAUGGGAAGUGGACUGGAGAUAAAUAAAGUCCAUAUAGUUCUGUUAUUGUUACCAGAGUUCUGGUGUGGAGGAGGGGCUCCAGCGACCCCCCCACCCCAACUACUAUACCAGGGGUGAGCAAACUUUUUGACUCACGGGCCGCAUUGAUAUAACAAAAUUUCCGGGGGGGCAGACUAUAUAUUUUACACGUAACAGUCCACCUGGUAUUAUUGUAUCUGUAAAAUUGUCAUGCAAUCUGCUAUUAUUAUUUAUUUUAUAUUUAUAUUUAAAUAUUAAAAAUAUAUAUAUUAAAAAAAUAAUAUUAUAAUAAUUAAAAUAAAAUUAAAAUAAUAAUUAUUAUAUUAUUAUUAUGUAAAAUGU